AUGGAUAAUACAGUAUCGACCUCGACAAAGAGGAAAAAGUCAGACGCUUCUAAAAAUCGGAAAUCAGCUCAAGUGAAUCGAGUCCCUAACGCAUGUGAGAUAUGUAGAGAGAAGAAAACCCGAUGCUUCAGAGAUCCUGACUACACUGCUUGCAUGAGAUGUAAAGCUACUAAGCAAUUGUGUUCAUUCGAAAGAGAAGAAAUGUCGCUACAAUCAAUUGGUGGACCCGUGAUCCCAACGACUUUCCAAUUGGGCUCAGACAUGAAGAUAGACAGAUUGGAUUCGCUACAGCGUAGUGUCAAUGAAGUGUUGAGUAUCUUGAAAAGGGAACCCGGUCAGGUCCAGUAUCAACGCGAAAAUAACAAUAGUAAUAUGAUAGAUAUGGGUUACAAUAAUGUAAAAUAUGGGAAUGUGCUUGGUAUUGAAACUCCAGGAUCAAGAGAACCAGGUAUCAGUAGUGACCCACAUGCUACCAAGGCCGUUGAUGAUAUUCUGACGUUUCAGACUCCUACAAAUUCAUUUGAAGCAUCAGCGUAUCUGAUUGUGACGAAUCAAAUCCAGUCAAAUUUCAUUCCCAGUCCUAUUUUAGACCUUUUGGGAUUGAAUCCGUCCCCAGCAAACAGCAACAAACCCAAUGAACACUUCGACGAUGUAAUAUCCAAAGGAAUAAUACCGGAGUCCGAUGCAAUUGACCUUAUGAAUGAUUUUAGAAGAAAUUACGGAAGGUGGAUUCUGUUUCCGUUAAGUAUAUCAUCAUCCAUUUUGAUAGAUAGGAUCAGAUACAAGUCUUCGUUACUUUUGACUACAUGCUUUUGCUUGUCUUUGAGAUACUCUCUUAAUGGUAUAAUCGAUCCAGUGCUUUUGGAGAGAAAGAGAGCAAUUCACAGACUAUUAAUAAAAGAAUUGGCAAAAGAUAUGGGAAACGCUUUAAUGAAGUUUACAUGCUUCAGUGGAGUAGAGAGUGGACAUAUUGAAUUUAUGCAAGCGUUGGUGCUUUUAUCGAUUUAUGCAUUGUCCUUGUCUUCAAUGGCUAAAUCAGCCGUGGAGGGGUUUGAAAAUUUAGAGGACGAGUUGAAGUUGGAUGCUUGGUUGUUGUCUGGGCUAGGCUUAAAAAUGUUUGUUACAAAAUCCUCGUUCGGUUCGUUAUUAAGGGGUUCGACAUCUAGACAACAGAAAAAGCUAAAGGAAGAACAGCAACGUCAACUACAGCAGCAUCAAGAACAGCAACAUCAACAUCAGCAUCGACAUUCAAUCGAUAGUAGCUUAGCACAAUCACCGUUCACUAUAUUUUAUGAUGAAUUAGACCUGGAAGAGUUUCAAAAGUUAGCAGUUUUGAGAACAUACAACCAUCUCACGCUAGUGCAUCUAAUAAACUGCAUAUUCUCUGGAAGAAUGUGUAUAAUUGAUAACAUAAGAUUGAAAUACAGCAGCGCUACAUUAAGUUUACCAAGUUCUACUAACUUCGAUGGUAGGAUGGUAAGUGAAAUUGGGAUAUUGUUGGUUGCAUACAAUUACAUUCAAGAAAAUCUUUGUAAUAGCAAUAACGAAAAGGUUAGUAUUUCAGAAAAAAUUAGAGCGAGUGAGUAUCAAUUCGUAUCAGUUAAAGAAGAAAUUAGAAGCUGGUACGAACAAUGGGAAUAUUUGUUCAGUCAGCCGGCUCCCCAGUUCGUAGAAUUAUGCUAUCACUUUUGCUGCAUGAUGAUAUAUUAUGCCCACACUUACCAAAGAGCCAUUUUGAUCGAAGGUUAUCCAGUAGGAACUGAAGAAUCUCUUAUUGCCAAUCUUUACAACGAAAAUAACAUUUUGUUUCUUUUGAAACAUGCGGAUGAUAAUUCAUUGAAUAAAAUCUUGAUGCAUGCAAUCAACUUAGUCAGAUUUGUUAAUGUCAUUGAAAGUGAUUCGUAUUUUGCAUAUCUACUGGAUCAAAUUCAUUUCUGCUUCUUUUUUGCUGGUGUCAUGAUCCUUAGACUAUGUGCCGAGAAUGAAAACCCAAAUAAUGAAAUUAAUAGAUCCACACUAACUAAGAGAGAAAUAAUGGAAAUUAAAGGAGAUAUCAAAGUAUUGAUUCUGAAAUUUCGAAUGAUGAGCAAUUCCACCAACAGUCCAGACAAUUUAACUGAGAAGUAUUGUCUUGGUUUAGAAAGUUUAUAUGUUGGAAUGUAUGGAACUUCAUAA